GGAGACGACAAUGUUUAUUCCACUGCUGCUGCUGAUCUGCUCUUCCUCCACGACUCAGCUUCAAGCGGAGCCUGACAAUGAAAUUAUUCCACAUGGAAAGCAGUCUGAAUCCCAGGGAGGGGAACCAGCAAAUGCUUCUCAUCACUCACUGACCUGUCUACAAGACAUUCAUGCUGUGCUGAGAGAGAUGAACAGCUUGUUGACUGAACAGAGGGUGGAGAUCGGGCACUUACACAGAGAUAAUGAAGCACAGCUGAGAGAACUGGAGAGGCAGAAGACUGAGGUGGACAACUUGAAGCAACAGCUACAAGACCAGUCAGCAGAACUGGAGACGCAGAAGACUGAGGCGGACAAGCUGAAGCAACAACAACAAGCACAUACAGCUGAACUGAUCACCGUUCAAGCCAGAACAAAUGUCACAGAAAACCAGGUGGAGACUCUAAAGAGAGAUGGAGAAGCCAAACAGGUGGCUUUCUCAGCCUCUCUGUUGGCUUCAGGCUUAGGAACGGUCGGACCGUUUAACACACAAACUCCUCUGGUCUUCAGACACGUCAUCACAAACAUUGGAGACGCCUACAACCCAAACACAGGGUUUUUCAUUGCACCAGUCAAAGGAGCCUACCACUUCGAGUUCUACAUAGGUGCACAUGGACAUGCUUCACAUCCUUCAGCUGCUGUGUUGGUCAAGAAUGGAGAGCAAAUCAUUAUUGCAUAUGAGCAUCAGCCUUCCCAUUAUGGGAGUUCUGCCAAUGGCGUCACACUGCUUCUAGAGGUUGGAGAUGUUGUGUUUUUGCGUCAGUGGGCUAACACAAGGAUAUUUGACAAUUAUUAUCACCACAGCACCUUCAGUGGUCAUCUGCUUUUCACCAUGUGAGAAAGAAACAGUCCUUUUUCCUCACACACACUGUAGCAGUGUACCAGUCUUUACUGAUAAAAGCUGUUUUAAUAAGAGAAGGUUCAUGAAUUUUUCAUCUGUGUCUGGAUUUGCAUCAAAACAUACAGUGAUAGAUUGUGAUGUGCCAGAUUUUCAUUUGAUUAAGGACAUGCAGUAAUUCAUGAGAAAACUGUGAUACUGAUCAAAAAUCCCUUAUUUCACAAUGUUAAGAAAUACUUAAACUAAUCCUGUAUUUUGAUCUGGAUUCACAUCAGCACCAGAAACUACUUACUGUACUUCUUCUUUGCUCUUUGCUCCAUGUUACCUUUACUGUCUGAUUUCUUUACACUGUGUUUUACUUUGUUUUAUAGAAAUGUUAAUGCUCAUGUGCUGUUGAUGUUACUGUGAAAGGAAAAUUCCCUCUGUACCUUUGAAAGCGUUUAGCUGUGCAUUUGUUAUUUGUAAGUAUCUAAAUA